AUGAAUACCUCAGAAGUGAAAACCGAAGAGCCACAAGAUAUUCCGCGACUUGAAAACCGUAAGAAAUUUGAAAUUGAGCUUGAGUUUGUGCAGUCGCUGGCUCAUCCGUUCUAUCUACAUGCAUUAGCACAACAGGGAUACUUUGAAAAGCCAGAAUUUAUAAACUAUUUGAAAUAUCUAAACUAUUGGAGAGAAAGAGAAUACGUUAAGUUCAUCACAUACCCGCAUUGUCUACACAACCUAGAUCUCCUAAUGGAGCCUAGCUUCAGAGAGGCUAUCAAGCAUCAAGACGUUAUACAGGCGCUACAUAGGCAGCAGUACAGCGUAUGGCUUGAUAACAAACCACCAUCAGAUGCUGAAACCGUUCAACCUAAAUAA